GCCAGAAGCAGCAUGUCAGUGUAAAUGCUAUAGCAUGUAUAUUUGUAUGUGUGUCACGUCGAUGAAUAAUUGUUUCAGGAGCAACAGGAAAAUGUAACACCAGCUGCUGCCAAAGCCACCAUGCAGCAUUGUCAUGCUACAAUGGCCACACCUAUGCCUGAGGAGUCGCUAGCUGAUUCUAGGGAGCAGCAGAACUGGCAGGACACAAGUGAUAAACACCGGGUGCAAACACUUGACCAGUGGACACAGUGGGAGGCCACUCCCUAUGAUGACCACACAUAUGUCCGGUAUCUGCCCAUUGGAUUCAAGGGAAAAUCAUUUGCUGAGUCUGUAACUGGAGACGACAUUUUAUUUUAUACUGGUGUAUCCCAGAUAGUGUUUGAGAGGCUUGUGAAAGCUGUGUCUGCUCUGGCAAAGAAGCCAAGCACCCUAACGCGUGCUGACCAGUUGCUAAUGUGUCUAAUGAGGCUUCGCCUUGGGCUGCUGCAUGGACACCUUGCACGAAUUUUUAAGGUAUCCGUGUCGAGUGUCAGCAACAACGUUGCAUACAUGCUGAGUUUGCUCAGCAAAAUCAUGAAGAAUGUUGUUAUAUGGCUGCCCAAAUCGUGCAUACAGAACAGCAUGCCGCAGUCAUUCGUGGAAAACAAGCAUGAUGACACAACAUGCAUCCUUGAUUGUACAGAAGUGUUUCUGCAGCGUCCAAAAAAGCUGAUGGCAAGAGCACAAACGUACAGCAGCUACAAAGCCCAUAACACCGUAAAAUUUCUUGUCGCAAUUGCCCCGAAUGGGUUCAUCAUGUUCGUGUCCAAAGCUUAUGGAGGGCGUGCCUCAGACAAAUUUAUCACAAAUGAUAGCGGCAUCAAUGACUACCUCGGACAUGGUGAUGUUGUGAUGGCGGACCGAGGCUUCGCACUCACAGAUGAAAUGCAAAUUCAAGGUGUACGAUUGAACACACCAGCAUUCACUAAAGGAAAAACGCAGCUAACCAACAAGGAAGUAACAAGUACAAGACGGAUUGCAUCUGUACGCAUACAUGUUGAGCGCGCAAUUAACCGCUUAAAGACAUAUAGAAUAUUCAAGCAAUCGCUGCCCAUACGAUCGAAGAAAACCAUCAGUACGAUGGUAUUCGUAUGUGCAGGACUUUGCAACUUUAAGUCGGACCUCAUCAAAAAGCCAAGCGUCUAAUAAAAUAGAUUUCCACCAUUCUAUGCCUCAACGUACUAAUUAUGUAAACUUUAGUGUGGUAAAAAUGGCGAAUGAUAUAAAUGAACCCUAAGGAAAUGCACUGAAACCUUCUAGGCUGCAUCAGCUGAAACAUUUCCAGUGUUCCACA